UCUCCCCGCCCCACCUAAGCGCCCACCAGCCAUGCCCGCCUACAUCGUCAAGAUCCGCAAGCGGGAGGACCUGAGCUGCCUGCCGGGCAUCCAGAAGGGCGGCACCACCGUCUACAAGAUCAAACUGAACAACAACAACAACAACAAUAACAACAGUGACCAGAACGGCGGCGUGAACGGAGGCAACAACAACAACAACAACAACAGCGUCAGCCACCACAACAACCACAACCAGCAGAACCACAGCAACAGCAGCGUCAGCCCGCAGCAGAGUCCGAACGGCGCGAACGUGGUGCUGAACCCGCUGAGCGUCGGCGCCCACCGAACCGCCGCCCUCACCGCGAGCGCCAACAGCCCGCUUUGCGCGAGUGUGCGCGGCGCGAGCACGAACGACAGCACGCGGAACCAGCUGAACGACAGCUUGCGGCCGCUGGGCUAUAGUGUCGAAAAGCGAACCGUCAAAGUGGAGGAGUUCGCCAGAAAUAAGUUGUGCUCGGUCAUUGGCAAGAGCAGCUGCAACAAGUUGAGCGAAGAAGACGGUUCAACAUAAAUGACAGAAUAAAGGAACUCGCCACCCUCCUUCCCAAAAGCAACGAACCAUACUUCGAGCUGGUUCGUGAUCUGCGCCACAACAAGGGACAGAUACUGAAGGCUUCAGUCGACUACAUCAAAAGACUGAAACUGGACACAGAGUACAACAAAGAGGUGGAGCUGAAGCGAAGAGCCUUAGAGCAACAAAACCGCCAGUUGCUCUUGCGGAUACAGGAAUUGGAAUCCAAACUUCGUUCAAAUGGAAUCAAAGUGGAGGAGACCAACAUCGACCAGAGUCUGCUGCUGUCUACAAUUAUUAAGUCAGAGGUGGUAAAUAACACAGGGGAACAAAAUGAUAUGAAGAAGGUGAGGUGUAACUACAGUCUCCCUGGAUCCCUGCUUGACGAACUCUUAGACGACUUCACAUCUGGAGGCUUUAACCUGGACCUCAUGGAUGAUGACGGGCCAGCAUUCACAAGUGACCGGUCUUCUCUUCGCCUCAGGUCUCAUCUCCGAAUUCCUCCCAUCAUUCAUUCGAUGAUGCUCUUACUCCAGACUCCAUGGACAUCGUUGCGUGAUCUUGUGCUUUAAGAGCAGUGAAAAACAUGCAUAUCUCUCAUUAAAACGUUUAUUUGUUUUAAGCCAGCUUAGAAUAUACAAGGAAAAAAAUAUUACUGUUUGAAGUCACAUAUUUCUCACGUUAUGUUCAGCACUGUAACCAUUAAACAUAACCAUUAAUGUAUUCAAUUUUGAUUUAGAGAAAACACACAUACACACAGAAACUUCUUUCAGUAACUCUCUGUUUCUCCCAAUUCUGCUCUUUUGAAAUCUGCGAUAAGUUUGUUAAUUGUAUUGUUAUCUUAUAAAAAUGUUGUACCUCAAAGGUUCAUAGAGAUGUAAAAUUUUGUUGAUAUCCUGUAAUUGUUGAUCUAAAUUUGUAUAAUACCAAAAAACUACUGAACCUUCAACUCCCCAGCUUAAUGGCUGGUCAAGCUGCAGAGGCUUUUUUAUGACCUUUUUCUAAGACAUUUCUCAGUCUGUACUGAUUGGUAAAUUCCGAUGUUUAGAUCAAAAAGAUUAUUCAGUUCUUUUAAGAAGUAUUGGUGUACUUAUCGAAAUUGCUGUGUACCUCUUAGAAGAAUGUAACUGAUAGGUACCUGACACUGAAUCCAUAUUACAGUAUAUUUUUUGCUAGUAGUCCACAUAAUUUAAUAAAUAUGAUAAGGAGAAUUACUAACUAUUUUUACUUACAUGAAACAUUUAUAGGUUUUAUUUUACCUCGUUGCUAGAGUGUACAGUUUGUUCCUCUGGCAGUUUUGAAGAUUUGAUAUUUUGAUAAAGCAGUCAGCAGGAGCAUUUAAUGAUCUUAUUUAGCACUUUAAACAUGAUUUCACUUGCACCUUAAUUAUUUUCUCAACAACUUUUAGAACAGUUUUUUUUCUAUGUUGCUGGCUACAUUGAGAGUUGCCAUAAAACCAAUUUAUUUGUAAAUAGUUCUGUAAAUUUAUUUACUCUUACAUUUAAAAAGAGAUGAAAUCAAAUAUUUUUCAUGCUUUUUAAAAAGAUUUUCCAAAAUCGCUAGUAUUUAUUUUGAAAUUUCUUUCAGAUGCAUAAUUUGUUAUAACUGUGGUAAAGAUAUAUUUGACAUGGAAAAGAUCAUAAUUUACAAACAAGAUUUAAGUGUUUGUUACUUGUACAUAAAAUUUAAGCAGUGACACACUUUACAUGUAAGCCUAACAAUGCUUGGAACAUUAGUUUUGUCUUGGGCAUAAUUUUACAUUUAGGAAGGUGAAAUGCACUACGAAUUUCUGAAAAUGAUGUAUGGUUACAUAUGUGAAACAAUGAAUUGUUCAUUUUCUUCUUUCAUACACUGUUGCAAAGGUAAAAAUUGUAUAGAACUUAUUGUUAAAACUGUGAUUUAUGAACUGUUAGAAGAGCAACGGUCGGGCCAGAACUUUACAGUGUUCCUGUUGUUUGAACCCUGACAUUUCUUUUUUUUUUUUUCUUUUUUUUUUGUCUCUUAUUUUGUUAGCACAUUGUUAGUCUGUAUGUGCUCAUGAGUGCAUGGAUAUUAGUGAGAGUAUUAGAAUGCAUGGUACUGUAUGUGAUUUGUGCAUUAAAGAUUCAUCUCUGAUUCUUACAAUAUGCUUAUUUAAAGGUGUACAUAGUUUACAUGAUCCUUAGUUAUAAUUUGAAUACUUUUUUAUGUAGUCAUAUCAUUUUUUUGUCUUCUUUUCUUUUCCUUUUUUCAUGUAUUUUUUUCUCUCUCUCUCUUUCUUUUCUUUACUAUGAGACAUAGGAUGUAAAGCAUCAAUUUUAUAUAAGCUGUAUGCAGUGUUUCCUGAAGAUUUUUAACCAGUAGUUGCUUUUACAUCGUUUAUCUCAAAAACUAUUUAAUUUUAAGUGUAGCGUUCUUUAUUGCCACGACAGUUAUAGUGGAGAAAGUAUAGAAUUUAACCAGCAAAGGGACGUCACUAACAUAGGAUUUGGAUGACAAAUAAAAAAGGUUGGCAAAAAGAAAUGAUAAAAAUUGUAUCCCAGAUCUUAGUACGUUCGAUCCUCUGAACUACUGGGGACACAUAGGAUCUGCGGUUUGAUAUUUUUCUCUCCAGAAAGUUUUCCAAGGCAAAUGACUUUGUCUAUAAACCAAUAAGAAUUGGAUUCCUUUUUUUCUUUUCAUAAAGGUCCUAAUUGUUAUUGGAUACGUUAUAUAUACAGUAUAUAUAUAUACCGGUUAUUUUUCCCCCUAUAAUUUAUAGAAAAGUACAGUUCCCAGCCCUUUUAAUUUUGCUUUUAACUUUUGAUGCUUUGAUACCAGCAGAUCAAACAUUCAUUCGGGGCAGUGCCCUCACAUGAAGUCCUUAAAACUAAUGAUAAGACUGGACUGACGCUAGUGCAAAACCAAGCAUGCUGUAGUCAUUAUUGGUCAAAGAUCUAAUAUUAUCAUUUAAGAAAAUUAUGUAGUGAACCUUGGAAUAAGGAAAAGAGAAACCUAUUGUUUAUGUGAUAUAUAUAUGUAUAUAUAUUUUUUUCUUUCUUUAUGAGUACUAUGUAUCUAAACCAGCCUGGCCUUAUUUCCUGUGUAUGGUCACUUCAUUAUGCACUGGACUUUAUUCAUUUCAAAGUAAUGAAAUAUUCCACAUGGGUUCUAAAAGGGAGAAACAAAGGAAAUAAUCAUUCAAGUACUAGAUACCACAGACUGAAUGGGAAAGAGGCUACAAUAAGUUGAUAUGUAAUGCAGACUAGAACCCUGUUUCUAGAUAUCACGCCAGUAUUGUCUCUUUUGGAUAGAGUGAGUUGUGAUAUCUCAAUUGGUCUAGUUCCGUUUAUGGUGUAAUAUCUUGUUUUUAUAUGUCAAUUAGUGGUGUUACCACAGCCUGAUGUUGUUAUGCUGAAGUGGUGUAGUCAGCACCCAUCAUAAGAAAAGACAAAUGGAAUAAAUUGUAUAUUUGAA